AUGUCAGGAAUAUAUAAUCAUCGCCCCAUGGUCCCUGGCCGUAGCGCCGGUGUACCUGAAUGGCUCGAUCUCAUCAGGCAGGAAUUCGACAGCUUGAAUCAUGAGAUUAUGGUCGCUAAAAUGCAGCGCGACGAUUAUGAACAGAAGAUCAACAAUCAGAUCCAGGAGAUGGACGCCUUUCGAAGAGCCUUGUAUGAGCUUGAGAGGAAACACGAAUCUAUGAAGAGUCAAUACCAAAUGGUCGAGGAAGAGGUUGUACGACUGAGACGCGAGGUCGAACAGCGUGGAGGAGUCGCGCAGAUGCCUCAUCAGAUGUCACACGCUCAACCACCCCCACCUAAUAUUGGCCACGGUCAAUCGAAUCUCUUUGGUGGAAUCAUUAGUGGCGGCCCAGGAGGUCCAGGCUUAAUCGCACCUCCUCAGAUGGUUGAUCUCUCACAACAACAACAACAACAACAACAACAACAACAACAGCAACAGCAACAGCAACAGCAACAGCAGGCACAGCAACAGCAGCAGCAGCAACAGCAAGUACAACAACAACAUCAUAUGCAACAAGUUCCACAGCACCACCAACAACAACACAUGCAACAACCACCACCACCGCCACAGCAGCAGCAGCAACCUCCACAACAUCCUUACGGAGGGCCUAAUAUGCCCCCAGGUCCAGGAGGACCUCACUCGCCUUAUAUGAAUGGAAAUAACGCUAUGCCUCAGCAAGGUCAACCUCAGGCAAAACGCUUCAAGACAGAGAGUGAUGGGCCACGAUUUAAGACGGAGGGAGACAUGCCACCACAAGGACCCCCUGGCAAUAUGUACGGCAACAUGUCGCCUAGUCCUCAUGGUAACCCUAAUGGGCAACCAAUGAUGGGUGGUGGUUAUAACUCACCGGUACCUCCACCAUCAUCAAAGCAACCUGUCAAGCCAGGAAAGGGUGGAGCUUACAUUCAAGCAAAGGAAGAAGUGGGCUCUCCAGCGCCAGGAAAUAAUAAGCGGAAAACAGGAGGGGCUUCGUCUACUCCGACGACAGUUGCUCGGACUGCUCGAGGGGGUAACACACCAUCAAACUGGAGUGAUGAUCCUGACAAUGUCCCAGCCCAGCUUAAGAGAGAAGGCCCAGACUGGUUUGCGAUUUCUAAUCCCAAGGUCCCUCAGCUUCUUAAGGUUGAUCUCGUUCAUACCAUGGAGCAUUCCAGCGUGGUGUGCUGUGUUCGCUUUAGCGCUGACGGCAAAUAUCUUGCUACAGGAUGCAACCGCAGUGCACAAAUUUUUGAUAUCCAGUCUGGACAAAGCGUGUGUGUCCUUGCUGAUGACACUGCUGGAAAAGAUGAUCUCUAUAUUCGCUCAGUUUGCUUCAGUCCUGACGGGAAAUACCUCGCUACUGGUGCUGAAGAUAAACAGAUCAGAAUUUGGGAAAUUGGCCGCAAAAAGAUCCGCAUGAUAUUGAAAGGGCAUGAGCAAGAUAUUUAUUCAUUAGAUUUUUCAAGGGAUGGACGUAUCAUUGUGUCAGGAUCUGGCGACCAAACUGCACGUGUUUGGGACAUGGAUACUGGUAAAUGUCUAUUUGUCCUUACGGUCGGCGAUGUUGACUUGAAGGAUGCUGGUGUAACCUCGGUCGCCAUAUCGCCUGAUGGCCGCCUUGUUGCUGCUGGUUCAUUGGACAAGAUGGUCCGUGUUUGGGAUACCCACACUGGUCAGCUGCUGGAGAAGCUAGACGGCCACAAGGACUCUGUUUACAGCGUUGCUUUCGCUCCUGACGGUAAGACUCUUGUUUCUGGAAGCUUGGAUCGAACACUGAAGUCCUGGGAUUUGACAUUACUUGGCAGAAACGGUCAGAGUGGUGCGCCAAGGGGUACACUGUGCAAGGCAACAUUCAAUGGACACAAGGACUUUGUACUCUCUGUUGCCGUCUCACCUGAUGGAAAAUGGGUCGUCUCUGGUUCUAAAGAUCGCGGAGUACAAUUUUGGGACCCUAACUCAACUGCUGUUCAGUUUAUGUUGCAAGGGCAUAAAAACUCUGUAAUCUCUGUUGCUCUAAGCCCGGCCGGUACAUAUUUUGCCACCGGCUCUGGAGAUACCCGGGCCCGUGUCUGGAGCUAUGAGUCUCUUCAGGAAUGA